AUGGCGAAACCCCAAGAUACGGCUUUGGUCCGAUUCUAUGGCCUACCUAAGGUGCACAAAGACGGCGCUCCUCUCCGACCCAUUGUGUCGCUCAAAGGGACUCCAACAUACGGACUGGCUAAGUGGCUGUUCCGGCGUCUCAAGAUCCUAACCGCUGAGUCAGACACCACGGUCUCUUCGUCAGCACAAUUCCUGGAGAAACACAAAGGGGUAGGUAUCCAUCCAAAUGAGGUCAUGAUAUCUUUCGAUGUUACAUCCAUUUUUACUUCUAUUCCCCAGGACCUGGCGAUCGAGACAAUUGAGCUGCUACUACGAAGAAAAUACGAUGAAACAGAUAACCGUCUUGGGCACGCCCAAAUCCUUCAGCUCCUUAAGCUCUGUCUCAGGACGUACUUCACGUUCGACGAACAAUCUACGAACAGGUGAAGGUCACACCAAUGGGUUCGCCGAUUUCGGGAUUCAUCACCGAGGCGGUCCUGCAACGGUAAGAGUCGCUGGUCUUCCAACACCACAGACCGAAAUUCUGAGCCCGGUAUGCGGAUGAUACCGUCGUCGUCAUCGAACGGGAUCAGGUGGUGACAUUCCAAGAAUAUCUCAACGUCGUCUUCUGGACAUUUAAUUUACGAUGGAGGAGGAAAAGAACAACCAACUGGCCUUCCUGGAUGUCCUCGUAUGCCGCAAAAGAUUGUGGUCAACUAAAAAUCAAAGUGUCCAGGAAAGCGACAAAUACGAUGCAAGUACCGAACUUCAACUGUAACCACCCAAUCAGCCACAAAAUCUAUUGUGUAAGGACGCUUUAUUCGCAUGUCGAAACGCGCUGCAGUGAGCCGGACGACAAAAUUGCUGAACUACAAUACCUCCGACGGGUCUUCAAAGCCAAUGGCUACCCGCGCAACUUCGUCGACCGGUGCAUACGCAAAAGGGACGAAAGGCCUAACCGCACGGACACCAAAUCUUGGCAAGCACUUCCGUAUUUUAAGAACGUUUGGGAAGCUGUCGGCCGCCUUCUCACACCACUUGGGGUUGGAGUGGCUCACAGACCGGAGACAACCAUCAGGCGUCUGAUCAUGAAACCGAAAGACCCACUGCCACUGCUAGAAACGUCUGAAGUCGUUUAUCGGAUCUGGUGCAGUUGCAACCAAAGCAACUAAGUCGGAGAAACCGGAAGACAGCGCCCAACAAGAAUUGCCGAACACGCGGCAGCGGUGCGCAGAAAUGACGCCAGCUCUCAAGUUGCGGCUCAUUCGACGUGAUCCGGCCACACAUUCAAAUUCGAUGAGGCCGAAAUUCUCGCAAGAGUUGACAACCGCGUGAGCCGGGAGCUACUGGAAUCAUGGUUUACUGGCCCCCAGUCUAUUAACAAGUGCAACGAUCUUCCCACUCCAUACUGCGUGCUAAAAUUUCGCCUAGGCGUAGUAACAAGCCAUGCGGGGAGCGCAGACGGGAACACUUUUCCCAACACCGGGGUCGGCGCGUCAGAUGGUCGAGCAAUCAUCAGGCCAACAUCCAACGCACAUGAUGAAAUUGCAGCAAUUAUCGACUCGAAUGUCGGCCAUCAAGCAGUGAUCACACCACUUGCGACGAUCUCGGAUGAAGGGGGGAGCCGUGAAAGUUCAUAUGUAUGCGGUAGCAUGACUACUGCAUCCUAUAAAUACCGCAGCCCCUUGUGCAGCAACCACCCGUUUCUCCUUUUUUGUCUCUGAUGAUGGAUUCGAGAAGGAAUCCGAAACGUCAGGCUAAUAGAGCUCUUGUCCCGGCGAUCGUAUCUCCUUCUUCAAGACAAUCGUCAGUGAUACGUGUUUAAAAGUGAUCUUCGUGUUUGACAUGACUGUCCAGCAAAACGUACGUGAAUUAUCUAUGUAUAGUAAUAUAGCUUUAUUUUCAAUGGCACACUUUUUCCGAACUGGUAUUAAUUUUGACGAAUGUACGUUUUGCAUAACUGCUGAAACAUAGCGCAUGACGUGUGUUAAGUAUGAUUAUAGUCAUCGAAUAUUAUGCUUGUUCUUUUGCAUAUACAACACUCCGUCUGCUGCUGUUGUGAAACUGCGCCUUUGUGCUUACUUUCUGAGUGAAGUAGCCCACUCUAAAAAGCCUGACGCCUUCUGAGUCGGGUCAUCGGUCUAACUGCUAUAGCGACAGGUCUGGCAUGGAAUUUUAUUACACUGAGCUCACCGUGAAGGUCAUUGUGAUUAUGGGGUGAGUAAAUCUGCCCAUCUUGUUAACUUUUGCAGAAUUGCCCCCAGCUGAGUCUGUGGAAAUACCAGAUAUUCAGGUCAAAACUUGCCAACUAUUUUUGGGACACUGGUUACGCCUAAAACAGGACAUGACAUUUCUAUCAGACGUUUGUCAGGUGUGAGGUAAAGAACUGCUGACUGCUAGUGAGUUCUUAUUUACACAACUAUUUAGAAAUAUAUGCUUAGCAUGGAUCGGCUUGACCUAAAGUUAAUGACUUUUUCAGCCAAAAUGCAGUCCUCAUCCUUUUAGUACGUGCCUGGCAUUUACUAACGCCCGUUGAAUCAACUGUACCAUGUGUUUAUUCUAAUUUGCCUUACUACAGUCAGUGAAAAAUGCCAUAACACUUUGGCCGACAUUCUGGACUGUGACGGCGUUGAGGAGGGAUUAAAUAAAUGAGGUUGCAACACUGAUUUAUGUGGAACAUAAUCGCAAGACAGAAUUCGGUCUUCUAAAUGCAGCUCAGAGGGCAUAACAGCUUGACGAGUGUAAAUUACUCCCUCUGAUUUUUAAUGAUAUCACCAAAUUGAAAAUGGUACUCUGGGAUUCAUGCACAAAAUGGUUAAAUUUAAACACUAAGAAGGCGUAAGCUAGUAACAGUUCUGCUUAGUAAAAGCGUACUGAUUCAGUUUGCAGAGCACAAAAACGCAUAUUUGCACUCAAUCUGCGGUUCUGUACAUUGUUGUCUGUUCGUAGAUGGCAGUGUAUGCGAAGAAAUGCAAGCUCGAGAUGGUUAUUUUGCUCAAUCGUGCAGUUUUGUGACAAAAAGUAGGUGGACUUGAUUGAUGUAAAAUUUGUGAUAUAUCUUGAAAUGUCAGAUCCGUAUAACAAAUACUAAUUUGUUGCGUACUUUCGCAGCAGUGGUUACGUGUCGCUAUUGCCGGUACGAAGCACUAAACACACUGUAAAUUCGGUGCCCCUUCAAAACCAUGAGAUGCAGAUAAGAUGCCUUACGACAAAUACACAGAGGGAAGACUCUUUAUGAAGGGCUACAACAGCAAUGAAGUAAAUUAUUAUUGAAAAGUGUGUCGCAUUUAAAAAGAAGUUUUAUAUUUAACCAGUGUUGAUUGCAUUUUGAAAUGAAAAUAUGAAGCCAUUUUAUUCAAAUGCACAAAGGGUUGCGGAAACCCAACCAGGCAUUGAAGUAAAAUUAAGCGGGUUUCAAUUAGGAUGCGUAAUAGAACACAAUCAAAAUUUUUUGCUGCUGACAGACGGUCCACUCAUAUUCCACCCCAAUUAUUCAUAAUCGAUCCUUUGCCAAACAGUAGUGAGGGCAAUCCAUUCAAAGAGUUUUCCAAAAAAAAAUUCGUCACGUUUGGACACUGAUUGUUGCCUAGAAGCACAGCUAAGCUAGGGCAGUAAUUAAAGCUAAGACUACGGCUCACAAGUUUCUAGACGUCAGAAGAAUUCGUUUUGAGUUACAUUUGCGACCGAUAGCAGGGAAACUUUACCGAAGUUUCGAAAUGAAUUUCUGAUUGGAACGUAUUACUUUUAGUAGAUUAUAAUAUUGUCUGCUUUGGGACGAAGAUUCCACAAUAAUUUAGAUACGCCAGAAUACUGGCAUUCAAAGGCAUUUAUUUUCCGAAGUCACGUACAGCGAAAUUUUCCGUGUUCCUUUAGUAGAAACUCACAGCUUCCUUAAAAGAUAUACUCAAAGAAAAGAUAUCUAUUCGGUUUUAACAGCUUUUACUUAAGAGAUCUUAAAUCACAUCUUAUCCGUCUGUCUAGUGGUGCUUCCCAUUAAGUAUACAAUAUAUAUCACAUUCAAUGCAACAUUUUUUAUGUCUCAUGCAUUAUUUGUCUAUUAACCUAAGUAAUUUAUGCUGUUGUUCACAUAGAAAGAAAAAUCCAACACGUUUAAAAUUAUUCGAAAAACAAAGAAAGAUUACAAUCUCUAAAGCUACUCACACUUCAAGUAUACUAUUUGAACUAGACAUAAUUUUAUACCAACGAAAUACUUUUUUAAACUCCUUUGUUGUAUACUUUAUUUAAAUGGAAAAGGGUACCAAAAAAAUUCCGUGGGGCACAAGCAUGAUUUUAAGUGUUUAUUGUUCUCCAAACUCGGUUUCUGCAAGCAGUCAACAAGAAGUUCAUUAGAAUGUCAACAUCCGGACGUAUCUGAAAUACGGUGACACUAUGUCACAAAAUAAGCGUUAUUACUUUUCUAUUUAAUUACUUCUUCCCAAUCAGAAACGCAUUUAAAAAGUUCGACUAGCACUUCAGGAAAGUGGUCACUGAGCGUAUUUCAAUUUAAGAAACUACGUAAGAUUAUUGCCACGCGAAGCAAAAUAGUAUACUCCACGUUCAUCGGAAUUGGAUUUGGCGUAUACGGACGCCCUGACAGUAAUGGAUAUUUCCGUCUUGAGUCAUAGCAGCCGGCAGGAAAAGCUCCGAACGUCUGCCUAAAAUUGCUUAAGAUACUAUUUGGGUAAUUUAUAAAAUUAACUGUUAUCUGUGAAACAAAUUUAACUAGGCAACAUGAUAAUGAUAGUAAACUUUUAACAUGAUAUCACCUGACUUUCUAACUGCAACUUAAUCCCGCAAUAGAUCGUUUUAAUUUUAUCAUGUGAGACAGGAUGCACAGCCUUAAGUAGAUAUUAUAUUUUUUGAUACUUAGCUAACAACCAUCCACACAUGCCGCCUUAUAAAUGAUCAAACAUCGGACAAUUAUUGUGCAUGAUACAUCGUCAUAAACUUAAAAAUCAGUCAUCUCCAAGCAAUAUCAUGCUACAGAAAUGUGGCCAGUGUUUCAUGAGUCAAAUAUCCUACUGAAUAUAUGUAGGCAGCCUAAUAACUACCAUCGACUCGUUAUCGCAGACAUAUUCAAACUAAUGCAUUUUAAUCUUAAAGCUCGGUAGUGUCAUUUUAUACAGACAGACUGCUUUAUCACAUUGAGAAUUAUAAAGCAUGGCAACGGUAGGUUGGUGGACUCCUCUUACAUUUCAGUAGGCUUCAGAUCGUGUUAUACGGGAACAGUGGGAGUGAGGGUUUUACGAGUGCAACAGUACACCGGGCAAUAAAUUGGCAAAAGUAAGUAAACAGAGAGAUCCUUUAGAUUCUGCCGAAGGGCUCGUUGUACGCUUUCAUAUGGCAACGGAGAUAAUAGCGUCAUUAAAAAAAUGAACAGAAAACAAAAUUUCAAAAAUAACGAAGUUUAAACAAUAGUUGAAGGUUAUGGACAGUUUUUGUUGUUGACAGUGAAAUGCUUGCAACGGCCCGCAACUGGAUGCCAAGGUAAAAUCCCACAUGACACGAUCCGCAUUUGCCGACAUUUAAGUGGUGUCCUUCGCCAUACUAUCGCCUAAAUCGUAGGAGCAAUAGAUAAGAUGUACCGAAGACAUGCCAUUCUUUUUUUUCUGUAGUGAGAUUUCCAGGUGAGUUGAGUUCGGACAUAUUUUCACGUGUGUAGUAUGCUUCGUAAUGUGGCACUCGUCCGGCGUAGUUGCAGGCGUGACUGUUUGCUGUCCGUCUCACGCUUCCCUUCAACUCGCUGCUGGAUCCAGCUAAGACUUCGCACCAUCCAAUCAACGCUGCCUCCUUUGUGCUUGGCUGCUGCCGAGAGCAGCGUAGAACGGCGACACACGAGCUAGCGACUAAGAAACCAAACGGACGACGUACACAGACACGUUUAAAAAAAAGAGACGACUGGCUACGCCUGCUUGCUCAGCUAUCUGUACCCUGUUUUACAGCCUGCUCAAAGGCCGUCUCUGUCCUGAUACAGUAGGUGGGCUAACGCAUGAAAUGUCAACCGAAAUUCCAAAAUGCGUUUUCGUUUUGAAAAGAUUAAUUAAGUAGUGUUGUAAACCAAGCCAGCCUACAGCAUAAUUUAAUAAUCUAUUUAAAUUACGAUGCUGGCUAUGGAAAUAGUUUUUUGGCUGGAUGCAAGAAGGAUAUGCUGGAUUAAAUGACUACAUAAGUGGCAUGCAUUGUUCGAUGCCCGUAACAACUGAAUGAAAUUUUAUAGAUAACAUGCGUACAAACAUUUAUUCUGCUGCCUAUUCGGUAAGAAAUUAGGUAAUAUUUCAAUUUUAUACUCGAACAACGGAUGCAGUUUUGUUUUAAAAUUUUUUCUAAUUUUGAGAUUUUUUUAAUACCAUGAGAUGGCCGUUCAUGAAGCGCCAUGUCUUUGCAUUUACCAAUGUGGCUUGUAAACUUAGCAGCAUGGCUCAAAUCCACUGCUAUAUUUCAUGGACCCCAUAUGGUCUCCUCUUAAUACUGUAGAAAAAUGUAUGAUUUUCCCGUAUGCAGUAAAUGCGCUGCCUGUAGUUUGCAAACCCUGAAUGAAAGUGUAACUGCAGAUAUUAAUAAAAAUUAUUUUGGAAUUCGCAAGAUUGCUGAAAACCGAAUUAUACCCCUUUUUGGAGUGUAAGAUUGAAGGAGGACGUAAUUUCCUACCGAAUAAGCAGCAGAAUGAAUAUUUGUUUGCAUGUUUUCUAUGAAAUUUUAUUAAAUUUUUGAGGGCAUCACAAUUAAUGAGAAAUAUGCAUGCCACCUCUAAGGAAGACCUUUUUGGUAUGCAGCCGAAAAGUAAUUGUUUCGAUAUCAGGCAUUCUGAGGUAACCGAAUUAGUAUAGAUUGACGCCGCUCGGUCAUCUUUUUUACAACCAUACUUAAGUAAUAUUUUUGGAACGAAAACACAUUUCAGAAUUUAUGUUGACAUUUCAUGAGUUAGCCAAUCUACUGUAUGUAAGCAUGGACUCCGUUUUUUGGUCAUUUCGACAGCAACACCUUUGAAAUGUUUUCGAAAGGAAGCAUUACGUACAUAAGGUUUGUUAGUACUUCUGCAAAUAUGACAAAUUGGCCUUAAAAAAGGGGUCCUUAACAGCACACCGUCAGUAUUGACAGUUUCAGAUGAAACUUAAAAUCCGUAUUUAGUUCCAUCACACAACAUACACACAUGUACAUGCUUCGCAGGUCUAGCAAAGACAUACUGUCGGUAGGCACAAACGGACUGUGGCCUAAUCUGGUCGUGUCUCUGAUUGGAUCGAUGAAGAAGAUGAGAGUGUACUCUCAUAAAAUUGACAUAUUAACAGACAAUACCAUGCAGAAGAGUCGGUCCAAUUGCAUUUAGCAAUCAAUGUGCACGCUGUCUUUGCGAAAAAGUCAACGCUAGUACAUGCUGAGAAUUUCCAAACUUUCUUAGCAAUACAUACCACCAUAUAUAGCCGAGGUCACAUUGACAAUCCACAAGUUUUUUUCUCAAUUUUGUCCAUAAAAAUAUUUGAAAGAAAAGGUCUAAUUAGUGAGCUCAUUGCCACACUUGCCUUGUUUAAUUUUCGAGGAAAUUAAUUCGCGAACUUGGAGUUAAUCUUUCGAAAAAGGCCCUUUUAGGCACGGUCCAAAGUUUGAUAUGAAUAUUUGAGCUGAAAUCCAUCAGCUACUGCGGAAUAACCGUUUAAUAUUCACAAACCACCAACAGGCAGCCAGUAGUAUAGAACUGUGAAAUGAUUUACCGUACUAACAAUACAGGUAUUAGCUAAAAGCCCAGACACGUGUGUUUUGGCGAUCUUAUGCCGCUGCCUGACGCAGCUGCGAGGGGCUCAGCUCGUCAGUGGGUCCCCCAGCAUUUCCCCGUCUGUUUUCUGGUAUAUGAACUGCAGUUUCUACUUGCCUUGUUUAAUUUCCGAGGAAAUUAAUGCGCGAACUUGGAGUAAAUCUUUCGAAACGGGCCUUUUCAGCCAAGGCAAGUUGAAACUGGAGUUCAUAUACCAGAAAACACACGGGGAAAUGCUGGGGAACCCGUUGACGAGCCGAAUUCCUCGCAGCUGAUCAGGCAGCGGCAUAAGAUCGGCGAAACACGCGUUUCUGCGCUUUUAGCUAAUACCUGUGUUGCUAGUACGGUAAAUCAUUGCACAGUUCAUUGCCACACUGUUUACUGGUCUGCACAAUUGGCCCUCGGAGUGAGAACAUGCAAGCAGUUCUUUCACCGAUGUCACUGAGGUUAUUUAUUAUUUUUACCACUAGUACGUUGGAAACAGAGAUGAUAGAAGUUCGACUGUUGUGACCGACGUGUGCUCUACAACAAGGUACAACAGGCACAGUGUAUUGCGCAUGAAUCAGUUAAUGUGAACAGAGACUUGCGCAGCGUCUACAAAACUCCCUCCCUCUCCCCAUUUUUGCCCGGUGUUAACUCAUAGCCGAGUAGACUGGAGUUGAGGGAGGGCGCCGAUGGAUUGCGCGGCUGGACUCGCACCUAGGCACCCCACUACACCCCCUGAUCCACAAUAAACACUUGACCAACGGCAGCAGCACAUCGACAGGUUAUAAGGACGACGAGGAUGACUGGGCAACAAUGAUCACGCCCUGGAAACGCAGCGGGUGCGCAAGCCCGUCUUGCGGCAGGAACUAGAUGCCAGAGCCCUUGGGCGUCCCCACUGCACAUGACGCCCAAGGCGACAUCAGGCGACUGGUGACCCUGUGGCGACUAUCGAGCCCUCAACAGCGCUACCAUCCCUCAUCGGUACCCCGUGCCCCAUCUUCAGGACGUUGCUGGAGCCCUUUUCGGCGAAGCGGUUUUCGCGAAGAUUGGUCUGGUGCGUGCUUUUCAUCAGAUUCCAGUCGCCCCUGAGUACAUCCCUAAAACCGCCGUCACCACACCCUUCGGUCUCUCUGAGUUCAUCCGCAUGCUAUUCGGUCUUCGUAAUGCAGCCCAAACGCUCCAGAGUUUAAUCGACCAUGUCCUACGUGGCCUACCCCCUGUGUACGCGUACAUUGUUGACCUCUUGGUGGCCAGCCGGAAUGAGGAAGAACACAAAGAGCAUCUUACCUUGGUGCUUGACCGCCUUGACAAGUUUGGCGUUGUCAUCAACCCCUCCAAAUGCGUGUUGGGUGUGCCUUCACUCGAGUUCCUCGGCCAUCAGGUCGACUCUGAAGGUUUGCGUACCCUCCCCUCCAAAGUUGAUGCAGUUCGUACUUUUCCUCCUCCAACUUCCAAGCGACAGUUACAGCGAUUCCUCGGCAUGGUCCAUUUUUACCGCCGGUUCCUACCGAACUGUGCUGACCUCAUGCGGCCUCUCACCAACAUGCUUUCUGGUCCAAAAGGUUCCCUCGAGCUAACUGUUGAAGCACUGACUGCUUUAGAGAGAAUCGAGAAUUCCCUUGCCGAUGCCAACUUACUCACGCAUCCCGCUCCCGAAGCUCAGCUGUCUCUGAUGGUAGAUGCUUCGACCGUAGCCGUAGGUGCAGUCCUUCAACAACACCUUGCUGGUUCGAAUCAACCACUUGUCUUUUUUUUCCAAAAAGCUCUUACCAGCUGAGACACGCUACAGUACCAUUGGCCGUGAACUACUUGCCAUUUACCUGGCUAUGAAGCAUUUCCGGCAUCUCCUUGAAGGUCGAGACUUUACUUUUGUCACUGACCACAAACCGUUGACUUUUGCACUUCGUUCCCACUCCGACAAGUGCAAUCCGAGGGAAAUCGCCCACCAGAACUACAUCUCCCAAUUCACUACCGACAUCCGCCACAUUGAUGGCAUGAAUAAUGAGGUGGCUGAUAUGCUGUCCAGACCGUCACUGUCUUCCCUCCAACUCGCACACGGGAUCGAUCUUUGUGCCAUGGAGGUUGAACAACAGCGAGUCGGUUGUCCUGGCGUCGAGUCUGUUAGUGUUGUCCAACUAAGGAACCCAUCCGAGCCCCAGAACCUUCGGAUAAGGCACCGUCGUUGAGCUCCCAGCAGUCCUCUGACUUAACGGGUGCGAAACCCACCGUUGUGUCGGCUAGACUUAAGGCGGACGAUAGCAUCGGAGCAGGACUCGUAUGUGGCCUCUAUGGAUCUCCCACCACAGUGUGGGAUCCGAGCCAAGCGCUGGCGGCACGCCUAGGUGCGGCUUCGGCCGUGCCAGCCUCCAAUCUCGGUUGUGUUGGUUGAACUCCUGGUUAUUUGUUGUGUGGACCAGGGGGUGUGGUGGAACUCGAAGUUGAGGAUCCGUCCGAGCCAUCCAGCUGCGGCCUUCCUCGUCUCCGGUCUUCGGGACUCUGUCUUGACACCGGGUUAGGGCGAAGGAGGAGGUGAGAAUGUAGGUAGAUGCAGCACAAGUCUACCAGCACUAUAAACCCCUGCGCAAGUCACCGUCCCUGCUCCCACCGCUGCUGCAGCUAUGGGGCACACGGUGGAGAUCAUCGAAAUCGAUUUUCGAACUGUCGGAGGUGUCCAACUCCAAGACGUUCCUCUGACCACCGGCUCUGGUACCAUACUUUGUGACAUCUCAACUCGCUUUCAUCGUCCUAUCGUGCCCGCCUCUAUGCGUCGAGCUGUAUUUCAAACUCUGCAUGGAAUCUCCCACCCAUGAUCCGAGCCUCUCAAGAGCCCCUCACGGAAAGUUGUGUCUGGCCUGACAUGAAAAGGACGUCAAAGCUUGGGCCCGGUCGUGUCUGAGCUGCCAGCGCAACAAGGGGCAACGUCACAACAAGUCCCCACCAGGCACUUUCCCCAGUCCUGACGCACGGUUCAGCCAUGUGCUCGUGGAUGUCGUAGGGCCGUUGCCUCCAUCCAAAGGUUCCACCCACCUUCUUGUCUGUGUUGGUUGAUAUACCCGCUGGGCUGAAGCUAAUCCUUUACCGAGUGUGCAGGCUGAAGCAAUCGUGGAGGCCUUUCUCAGUCGUUGGGUCGCCAUGUUCGGUGCCCCAUCCAUGGUUACGACCGAUCGUAGUGCCCAGAUUGAGUUGGCACUCUUCCAAACGCUACUCAAUUUCCUUGGCUGCAGACGCAUUCGGACGACAGCCUACAGCCCGGCUACCAACGGUAUGGUUGAACGUUUUCAUCGUAAACUAAAGACCGCCCUGCGCGCCGUAGAAGACCCAGGAAACUGGUCGGACAACCUUCCUCUUGCAGUCCUCGGCAUCCACGCAGCUCUGAAGUCGGAUCUCGGCUGUAGCGCAGCUGAAUUGGUUUUCGGAACUACCUUUCGGCUCCGGUUUCACCUCGAACUCCAAUGA